CUUCUCUUGUUUCCCUCUUUGUUUCUCACCACUUGUCUUUCUUUCUCUCUCACUCAGUUCAAAUGCUUCUGCACCACCAUCUCCAUUUUCUCUCACUACACUCUUCUUCUUCUUCCUCAACUGCACCACAAUCACCAUUCCCCUUCCUCUCUAUAACCAGGAUUCGAAGACCUUCUUCUUCUUCUUCUCUCCGAUUCCGCACUCGUCGAUGCAGCAUCACCACCAGCAGCAGCGUCACGAACGAACCGGAGCAGCAGAAGCUUCCGGUUACUAGGGCUUACCCAUUCAAUGAAAUUGAGCCCAAGUGGCAGCGCUUUUGGGACCAACACCGCACUUUUCGAACCCCUGACGACGAUGAACUCGACAUGUCAAAACCCAAAUUCUACGUUCUCGACAUGUUUCCUUACCCUAGUGGAGCUGGGUUGCAUGUUGGUCAUCCACUUGGGUACACUGCCACUGACAUUCUCGCCAGAUAUAAACGUAUGCAGGGGUAUAACGUGUUGCAUCCAAUGGGGUGGGAUGCUUUCGGAUUGCCAGCAGAACAAUAUGCUAUUGAGACGGGAACUCACCCAAAGCUCACUACUGUGAGGAAUAUCAAUCGUUUUCGAUCUCAGUUAAAAUCAUUAGGAUUCUCAUAUGACUGGGAUCGUGAAAUCUCUACCAUAGAACCUGAUUAUUACAAAUGGACUCAGUGGAUCUUUCUACAACUUUUCAAGAGAGGAUUGGCAUAUCAGGCUGAAGUUCCAGUUAAUUGGUGCCCUGCACUUGGCACCGUGUUGGCCAAUGAGGAGGUGAUUGAUGGUGUCAGUGAACGGGGUGGUCAUCCUGUAGUAAGAAAGCCAAUGAGGCAAUGGAUGCUCAAGAUUACUGCAUAUGCUGACCGUCUUCUCGAGGAUUUAGACGACCUCGACUGGCCUGAAAGUGUAAAAGAAAUGCAGAGAAAUUGGAUAGGGAGGUCAGAAGGGGCUGAGAUGGAAUUUUGCAUUCUUGAUAAUGAUGGAAAAGAGAGAGACAUAAAUAUUAUUGUGUAUACUACAAGGCCUGAUACGAUCUUUGGAGCAACCUACUUAGUUGUGGCUCCAGAGCAUCCCUUGCUAUUAUCAUUGGUUUCAGUUGCCCAGAGCAAACAAGUAGAAGAUUAUGUAGACCUUGCCUCAAGAAAGAGUGACCUUGAAAGGACUGAGCUUCAGAAGGAAAAGACCGGGGUCUUUACUGGUUGUUAUGCAAAAAAUCCAGCGAAUGGGGAAGCCAUUCCAAUAUGGGUGGCAGAUUAUGUUUUGGGGAGUUACGGAACAGGAGCAAUCAUGGCUGUACCUGCUCAUGAUUCUCGUGAUUAUGAAUUUGCCUUGAAAUAUGAUGUUCCAGUUCGCUGGGUUGUGUUGCCAGACGGCAAAAGUGUGAACGAAUCUGGGAAGGCCUUUCCAGGUGAAGGCAUUAUUGUAAAUUCAUCAAAUAAGUUGGUGGGGCUUGACAUUAAUGGCUUGUCUAGCAAAGAAGCUGCUUUAAAGGUCAUUAAGUGGGCAGAGAAAAGUGGAAAUGGAAAGAGGAAGGUGAACUACAAGUUAAGGGACUGGCUUUUUGCUCGGCAACGCUACUGGGGGGAACCUAUCCCUGUCAUUUUCUUGGAUGACAGUGGUGAAACUAUCCCAUUGUCUGAGACUGAACUGCCUAUCAUUCUACCUGAAUUGGAUGAUUUUUCUCCCUCAGGAACAGGAGAGCCUCCUCUGUCUAAGGCAGUGUCUUGGGUGAAGACCACUGAUAGUUUAUCUGGAAGACCAGCUACUCGCGAAACAAAUACCAUGCCACAGUGGGCUGGUUCAUGCUGGUAUUAUUUGAGAUUUAUGGACCCAAAUAAUUCCAAAGAAUUGGUUGAUAAGACAAAAGAAAGGUAUUGGGGCCCUGUUGAUGUGUAUGUUGGUGGUGCUGAGCAUGCAGUUCUCCAUUUACUGUAUGCUAGGUUCUGGCACAAGGUCCUCUUUGAUAUUGGUGUUGUGUCCACCAAGGAGCCCUUCCAAUGUGUAAUCAAUCAGGGGAUUAUCCUUGGGGAGGUCCAAUAUAUGGCUUAUCGGGAUCAAGAUGGGAAUCUGAUAUCUGCUGAAUUGACUGAUAUGUUGAAUGAACACAGUCUAGAAAAAAUUCCUGAGGAAAAGGUCAUGAAAUCUGGGGACUAUUUUGUCCUAAAAGAAAAUCCUGACAUGCGUGUAGUUGCCCGCACCCACAAAAUGAGUAAAAGUAGGGGAAAUGUUGUGAACCCCGAUGAUGUUAUUUCUGAGUAUGGGGCAGAUUCUCUUCGUUUAUAUGAAAUGUUCAUGGGACCAUUGAGAGACUCGAAAACAUGGAGUACUGGUGGCAUUGAAGGUGUAUAUCGGUUUUUAGGAAGAACAUGGAGGCUGAUUGUUGGUUCACCUUUGUCUGAUGGCACUUUUAAUGAUAGAACUGUAUCAGUUGAUGAGGAGCCUACUAUGGAACAGCUUCGUUGUCUUCAUAAAUGCAUCGCUAAGGUGACAGAGGAAAUCGAGGGCACAAGGUUUAACACUGGAAUUUCUGCUAUGAUGGAGUUCCUUAAUGCGGCAUAUAAGUGGGAUAAACAUCCAAAAUCAGUUGUUGAGGCAUUUGUUUUACUGCUUUCACCAUAUGCGCCGCACAUGGCUGAGGAGCUAUGGUCUCGGCUAGGGCACACAAAAUCAUUGGCCCACGAGCCUUUUCCUAAGGCAAAUCCUGCUUGCCUGAAAGAUUCCACAAUAGUACUCCCUGUUCAGAUUAAUGGCAAGACAAGAGGUACCAUCCAAGUUGAAGAAACGUGUACAGAGGAGGAUGCUUUUGUAUUAGCAUCUAGGGAUGAAAAGCUAUCCAAGUAUUUGGAGGGUCAAUCUGUUAGAAAAAGAAUUUAUGUUCGUGGCAAGAUCUUAAAUGUCGUUCUGGACCGUAAAAACAUAAAGGCUACUGUACAGUAACUACUUUCAUACUGUGUACAUUUCUACUGGAAGGAACACCCAACCUUCAAUUUUUCGCUUUGCCAGUCAACUUGGUAACGGCCCUGCAACGUCUCAAAAAUCAAAGCAUAUCUUAAGGAGGUAUCAUUGGCUGGAGAAUUGAACUUUUUGAUGGAAAGUGACAGAAAGUCGGGUAUUCGCCCGAUAUGACUGUUAAUAAUUUAUAUUGCUUCAAGAGGUGCAUAACAUAAUAGGAGAGCGGGAACGUCGGUUUCCAGUUUUUGCUUGGAUCAUUGAAAUGCCCUUCAUGUGUAACCAAUUUAUUUAAGCCUCUUCACAAAAACAGCAGGCAUCUUGGCACUUUUGAGGUAAGAUAGAUAAUUCUUAAUUUUAGUGACCAUUCAUAUU